AUGAUGACGGGAACGACGGCGGACGGUGCGACCAACGUGGUGUAUGCAAAGUUUAAAAGUAUGCGAUUGAAUUUGGACAUGGCCACUGGAGCUGGAAGUCGGGACAUCGUCUGGACAGCCGCGACAGUGGCGUACCCGAACGCCACUCCCGAGACGAGCGUGUACACUGAGGACGUGGACACGAUCCUCUUGCGGAAGACUCCUGCGGGAGCAAAGCGGAUAUUAAGUGGCUAA